UUUGGUUUCCACUUUCCACUUCCGAAUUCGAAGCUUUUUCUUUCGUCGUAAAACAAUGGCGCGUACAACAACGAAAGCUCCUGUGAGGAAAAAGACGAAACACUCCUCCGCCGCGCCGGCGGAAAAGUCGGAAAAUCGCCGCCAGAGCAAUGCCGAGAGGUCGGCUUACUUCGCUAGGAGAGAAGCAGCGAAGGUGCUCCGGCUGGUUCUUCAAGGCGACGCUCGGCGCCGCGCCGUUGGCUCCAUCAAGUCGCUCAUUUACAGCCCCUCUGUGAAGAACAAGAAGGCUACCUUUGCUCUAGUUUGUGAAACACUAAAACAUCUUUCUGUCAUAAAGGAAGUGUUGGAUGAAGCUGAGAUUCUCAAUAGCAAGUGGAAGAAGCAAGAUGAGUUGGUUUAUAUAAUCACGUAUGAUGUUCUUUUUGGUCAGAAAACUUUAUCAACAGGAGAUGCAGAGAAGUUUCUGUGGAAGCGGAGAGAGGCUCUGGUUUCUGCUCUGGCUUCAAUUUUGAAGAAGAAAAAACUGAAGAAUGUUCAAGAGCUAUUGGCUCUUUAUCAAACUCCAGAUGCUGAUGUUUCGAAACCUCGUUAUGUUCGAGUAAAUACUCUGAAACUGGAUGUUGAAUCUGCACAACAAGAACUGGAGAAAAAAUUCUCGGUUCAAAAGGAUGACGUGGUUCCGGACUUGUUGAUACUUCCACCGGGAACUGAUUUGCAUAAUCAUCCUCUCGUCAUGAAUGGAAGUAUCUUCUUGCAAGGAAAGGCAAGUUCUAUGGUGGCAGCGGCUCUUGCUCCUAAACCAGGAUGGGAGGUUCUUGAUGCAUGUUCAGCCCCUGGGAACAAAACUGUGCAACUUGCUGCUCUGAUGAGAGGAAAGGGGAAGAUCAUAGCUUGCGAGCUAAACAAAGAACGGGUUAAACGUUUGAACGACACCAUUGAACUCUCUGGUGCUUCUAAUAUAAAGGUUUUGCAUGGGGACUUCUUAAGCUUAAGUUCGGAGGAUCCGGCCUAUUCCAAGGUCAGAGCCAUUCUUUUGGAUCCUUCCUGCUCUGGAUCUGGGACUGCUUCUGUGAGAUUAGAUCAUCUUCUUCCUUCUUAUGCCACAGGUCAAUCGAGCAAUGAUGUCGACGAUUUUAGACUGAACAAGCUUGCAGCUUUCCAAAGAAAGGCUCUGGAGCACGCAUUGUCCUUUCCAUCAGUGGAGAGAAUAGUCUACAGCACUUGCUCCAUCCACGAGGUCGAAAACGAGGCAAUCAUCAAAUCAGUUCUGUCUCUGGCUUCUUCUUUUGGAUUCGAACUCGAAGCUCCCUUUCCUCAAUGGCCCCGCCGCGGCCUUCCGGUCUUUGAAGGCUCCGAGAAGUUGCUUCGAACCGAUCCAGUGGAAGACAGAGAAGGGUUCUUCAUUGCUCUGUUUGUGAGGAAGAAGGAAGAGAAGCCCCAAACAAAAGAUGAGAAGCAGAAAGAAAUUCUAGUUCCAAAUGUGUUUAGUAAAUUCUGUAAAUUUAUGUUUUACAGUCAAGUAAGUAGGGCAAGAAGAUCCGUUCCUCAAUGUGGAUGUUGCCACCAUGAAACUUGAUAAUGAUAGCAUGGGCAUUAAAUUUUAGACAUUUUUUUUAAAGCUAUAUUGGUUUUUAGUUGAUAAUUUAUUCACACUUCACAUUUUAU